GUGUGACCAGAGCGCCGCUGCAGGACUGAAGCCGGUGUCGUCUGCCCUGGGCCGAAGUGCAGCCAUGAUUCUCUCCACCUAUAAUACCAUCCAGUCGAUUUUCUGUUGUUGCUGUUGCUGUUCCGUGCAGAAGCGACCUGUACAGAGCACGUGACAUGUGUUUCCUCAAUUUGGUUUCACAACAACCCUAUAUGCUCUUUGCAUCUCUAGUUUCCAGGCAAGUGAGAACACAAAUAAGCUUGAGCAAAGAUGAAGAACUUUCAGAAACAUACAGUCAGCAUCGCAGGCGGUGGUUCAGUGACUUGCCAAUUAAGAAGCAAUCCAACAGGGGCCAUGUGCAACCAUCAAAACGCAAGCCGCUGCCUCCCCUCCCAUCCCCUGAGGUCGCUAAAGAGAAGAUCCACGUCAAGGCGCUGUAUGAUUUUCUGCCCAGAGAGCCCUGUGACUUAGCAUUGAAGAGAGCAGAGGAGUACCUGAUACUGGAGAAGUACAACACUCACUGGUGGAAGGCAAGAGACCGUUGGGGGAAUGAAGGCUUAAUCCCAAGCAACUACGUGGCUGAAAACAAACCAAGUAAUUUAGAAAUAUAUGAGUGGUACCAUAGAAAUAUUACCAGAAAUCAAGCAGAACGUCUUUUGAAACAAGAGUCUAAAGAAGGUGCAUUUAUUGUCCGAGAUUCAAGACAUUUGGGAUCCUACACAAUUUCGGUGUUUCUAAGAGAUAGAAGAAGCAUGGAGGCUACCGUCAAACAUUAUCAGAUUAAAAGGAAUGACUCAGGACAGUGGUACGUGGCCGAAAAGCACUUCUUUCAAUCAAUCCCCGAGCUGAUCUGGUAUCACCAGCACAAUGCAGCCGGUCUCAUGACCCGUCUCCGCUACCCAGUCGGGCUGAUGGGCAGUUGCUUGCCAGCCACAGCUGGUUUCAGCUACGAAAAGUGGGAAAUAGAUCCGUCUGAGCUGGCGUUUAUAAAGGAGAUUGGAAGUGGUCAGUUUGGUGUGGUCCAUUUAGGUGAAUGGCGAGCCCACCUCCAGGUAGCCAUCAAGGCCAUCAACGAAGGCUCCAUGUCUGAGGAGGACUUCAUUGAAGAGGCUAAAGUGAUGACGAAAUUAUCUCAUUCAAGGCUGGUUCAGCUGUAUGGAGUAUGUAUUCAGCGGAAGCCUCUUUACAUUGUGACGGAGUUCAUGGAGAACGGCUGCCUGCUCAACUAUCUCAGAGAGAGGAAAGGAAAGCUGAGGAAGGAGAUGCUGCUGAGCAUGUGCCAGGACAUAUGUGAAGGCAUGGAGUAUCUGGAGAGAAACUGCUUUAUUCACAGGGAUUUAGCGGCGAGGAAUUGUUUGGUCAGUUCCACAAGUGUAGUAAAAAUUUCGGACUUUGGAAUGACGAGGUACGUUUUGGACGAUGAAUACAUCAGUUCUUCUGGAGCCAAGUUCCCAGUCAAGUGGUCCCCUCCCGAAGUUUUCCAUUUCAACAAGUACAGCAGCAAAUCGGAUGUCUGGUCAUUUGGAGUUUUGAUGUGGGAAGUUUUUACAGAAGGAAAAAUGCCUUUUGAAAAUAAGUCAAAUUUGCAAGUUGUGGAAGCUAUUUCUAAAGGCUUCAGGCUGUACCGCCCUCGCCUGGCACCGAUGUCCAUCUAUGAAGUCAUGUACAGCUGCUGGCAUGAGAAACCUAAAGGCCGCCCUACGUUUGCUGAGCUGCUGAAGGUUCUCACAGAGAUUGCAGAAACUUGGUGACUUGAGCACAGUGUCAACCCAGAGGAUCAUGUUGCAAAAUUGUCCCAGAAGGAACUGUUGUGUGGGGCCACUGAUGGUGAAUCCCUUCCUUCAGGGUUGCUGUCUCUUGGAAACAUUGCCAACGUCACAGGCUUUCCAAACUUUUUAAACUUUAAGCAUGUGUUUGAGAGGGACUUCUAAAGUCUUAUUUUUCUGUAACAUUCUUCAUGGCCCAUAUGUGAAGAUGGAAAAAUGCUCCAUGGCAUGUAUAAGAAUAGCCCUGAGAACCCCUGAGAGUCCGUGGAAAUGUCAUUCUUUACAGGGCUGAGAUGCUGAUUUCCUGAAGAGGAGGAGCAUUCUUGACUUCAGGCGUCCGUGCACAGAGGAUGGAAUUAAAUUCGGCCAGCUCAUGGAAUUAGGAGCCCGCCCUGUGAAACCUCAUGCUUUUGAGCCAUCCAGAUUUUUACAGAAGAGGCAGCUGUACACACCACAGGAGUGUGGGCGUUCUGGAGCUGUCUUGUAUAGUCUUCCCUUUGUUAUUUAAUAUAUGGUUUUUGUACAUA